AUGGUCAGCCGACUACGGCCCCUACGAUCAUUACCUACUGUCUCACAAGCUCCUGCGAGAGUACAAUCUCGUUGUUUUAUUGCAACUCGAUUAAGGCCAUCACCCGCAAAGCCUUCUACUUCUGUUAAAGCAGCGCCUGCACCGAGAUACCCAAGUGCUUCCAUCGCAGUGCUCCUCGCUGGAGCAGCUUCCUUUUGUGUCGCAUACCAGUUGUCGCAGCAAUCUCCUACAAGAUGCGAUUUCCACUCUGAAGCCGAAAGUGUUUCUGACCUACAAGGAGCCUCUCUGCCUUGUUAUCGCAUUGAUGAAGUGCGCAAACACGACGCUCGCUCCGAUCAUCCUUGGGUCAUCCACCGUGAUAAAGUGUACGACAUCACAGAAUGGAUAGGCGCGCAUCCUGGCGGCGAUGUUAUCCUUCGCGCUGCGGGAGGUUCUAUUGAUCGGUACUGGGAUAUCUUUUCCAUUCACAAGAACGACUACGUCUACGAUAUUCUAAAUCAGUACUUGAUCGGUUAUGUCGACCCAGAAGAUCUGGUUAACGGACGUCCGUCCCAAGAUGAGAUUGAAGACCCCUUCUCCGAUGAUCCAGCUCGACAUCCAGCUCUGGUAACCAUGACAGAAAAGCCCAGGAACGCAGAGACUCCCGCAAAUGCUAUGACGAACGAAUUUCUUACCCCCAACGACCUAUUCUACGUACGCAACCACAUGUGGGUGCCAAAAAUCGCCGAGGACGGCAAAAAUCACAAUCUCACGAUAGAGCUUCCUGAUGGCACCAUAAAAGAAUAUACCCUUGGUGAUCUCAAAUCGCGUUUCAAACCCCACAAAGUUACUGCUGCCCUUCAAUGUUCUGGCAACCGUCGCCGACACAUGAAUGAAGGAUCGGGAAGAAAGACCAACGGCCUCCCAUGGACUACUGGAGCCAUCUCUAACGCUUGCUGGGAAGGCGUACUACUUUCCGACGUGCUGGCAGAUGCAGGUUUUGACUUGCAGUCUGGAUUGGCAGGAGAAUCAGAAGCCAAGCACGUUCAAUUCUCUGGCUUGGAAGCCUACGGUGCAUCAAUCCCUAUCAAAAAAGCCAUUGACCCCCAAGGCGAUGUGAUACUCGCCUAUGGAAUGAACGGCCAGGCACUUCCGCGCGAUCACGGAUUCCCACUACGCGCGAUUGUUCCAGGACAUGUUGCUGCGCGGUCUGUGAAAUGGCUGAACCAUGUCACGCUCAGCGAUGAAGAGAGCACAUCCCAAUGGCAGCGACGCGAUUAUAAAUGCUUUGGACCAAACCAGACACAAGUAGACUGGGAUACCGCACCAUCUAUCCAGGAAAUGCCUGUCCAAAGUGCUAUAACGACUUGCAAACUUGGUGACUGGACGAAGAGCAAUGAUACUUAUACCAAACCCGCUUCAUUGACCGGCUAUGCAUAUUCGGGCGGCGGCCGUGCCAUUGUCCGCGUUGAUGUCUCUGCAGACAACGGCAAGACUUGGUCACAGGCUUCCAUCGUUCCCGACUGCUCGACGAAAGAAGGUGAACAAUCUCCCUGUUUUGGUCACGCCGCCUGGGCUUGGCGAAGAUGGAAGUUCGACGGACCUGUACCGCUGAGUGCUUUCGAGACAUCAGAGUCAGGGAAGCGAUACGCUACCUUUGUUGUGAAAGCCACCGAUGAAGCAUAUAAUACGCAGCCAGAGAGUUAUGCUGCAACAUGGAAUAUUCGUGGAAACCUUGCCACGGCGUGGCAUCGCGUCAAGGUUUGUGAUGAAAGCUCUAUCGAGGAUGGUCGCGGACAGAUUGAUUCUCGAGAGUAA